UUCUAAGGAGUCAGGUCUAACUGAUCACUUUAUCUUUGUACUCUUUGACUGAAAAGUGGCUUAUUGUAGCCGGUUAUCUUGCCGGAGGUAUAGAUGGCAUUGUCUAGCAUGAAGCUGGUGGCAGGCCCACUUCCUGCCCGGCUCGGAGAUCCAGACUUACCCUUAAAGCGGCCGGCGAUCAUAUCCACAAGGAAAAAAUCUCUUCCUCUUCAGGUUAAAAGUGAGGGAGAAUGGAAACCAAAAGCUCCAUUGAACUUGGGUGUUUCACGAAGAGAAAUGAUGAUAUAUUUGGCUGCUGGGACUUUGAUUGGCCGGACAGAACCUGUCGAAGCACGCAUCACGAAGCCUGAGAUCCGGAGAAAGAUCAGGGAAAAACUGGAGAUGCUUAGGGAAAAGGCUGGGUUGUCAAAGCCAAAAAAUGAGAAUGGGGUGAAGGCACCCCCGGCAGAACCAUCGGAGAAAAAGUUUUCAACCUCGCAGCCACCCAUACCAUUCUCAAAUUCUAAGCCACCUGUGGUGGAAGCAAAUCUUCCCUGACCACAUGAUAGUAAUGACACUCCAUCAUAUGAUCUUUUGUUAAAUUCUGAAUUAUGGCUUUGUUCAAAAGUUCAGAUUGUACGUUUAUCUUAUCUUCAAACUAUGAAUAAUAAUAAUGUAUCUGCCACGGAAUCAACAGUACUGGGGGAGAACCCAUGAAAUAUGUGAAAUGGCAGUCGUUAAGCUUGGGCUGCCUAAUCUUUGCUUCAGCUA